AUGUGGAUAGAAGAAUGGGUAAAGAGUAGCAAUAAAACACACCCAAGGUUCAAUCACUACUGUCAAAGUGGGCAAGUUAUAUUGCCGCUUUUACCUUUAACACCGCCAUUUCUAAUGUCAAUUUUGCCAUGUCAGCAAUUUCGAAGCAAUAUUAGAGCUUUUAACUCUAUGUUAGCUUUCACCUCUAUGGGCGGUCGGAUUGAUAACACCGUUAAUGAUGGUAGAGGCCCCUAUGUCUAUAGUAUAAGUGGUAGCAAUUACCAUCGAAUUGGAACUUUACUCCCUGAGCCUGGAACUGGGCCAAAAUCUGCACAGUUGUACAUCUAUGACACUGAUAAUGAAACAUCCAUCCGGCUACAUUACAUGGGGGGUACGGAGGCUUCUUCCCUAGAUCCAAAAAUUUUACAAGGACUAAAAACGAUGCUUGAUGAUAUAAAUCCUUAUGUCGCAGUAUUCAGAAAUGCUGGCAGUAUGUUGCUCGAUCAAUGUGAUCAUCAAGAUUUAAGAAUAAAACUUAUUUUCGCAAGAGAAGGUAGACAAUAUAUCCAACCAACCGCAAGUGAAGUGGCAGCAUUGAUGGUAGGAGAUGAAACUGAAGACACAUGUAAUCGAGAUAUCAUAUUGCAAAAAGUAGAUGGUGGGUUACAAAGGAUUGAUGAAACUCAUCCAAGUUAUAUGCCUUUGCAAUACCCACUAUUGUUCCCAUAUGGCACCGAUGGAUGGAGAGCAGAGAUACCUAAGGUGUCCGGUACAAGUAACAGUCGAAAUACCGUGACAAUGCAACAAUUCUAUGCAUUUAGGAUACAUGAUAAGGAAGAAGAGGGUGACACCUUGAUAGAUGUCGGCCGGUUACUGGAACAAUUUGUUGUUGAUGCAUAUGUUGCAAUGGAACAAUAUCGAUUGCUUUUUAUAAGGAGAAAUCAAGGUAGGCUUCGCUCUGACUUAUACAAUGGACUCCAAGAUGCAAUCACGGCUGGAGAUGUGAAUGCUAUUGGUGUAGGCCGAAAAUUCAUAUUACCAUCAUCCUUCACACGAAGCCCCCGUAAUAUGGCCCAUCAUUAUCAAGAUGCUAUAGCAAUUGUCCGUUUUUUGGGUCCACCUGAUUUAUUUAUAACUUUCACUUACAAUCCAAACUGGCCUAAGAUUGUAAAUGAGAUAUUUACACGUGGAAGUCGCCGCACUGAAGAUAGACCAGACAUUAUAGCGCGUGUUUUCAAAAUCAAAUUGAAACGAAUGCUUCGCGAUUUGAAGGAUGAACGGAAGUUUGGGAAAGUCAUUGCUGAAGAUAAGCCUAAGUGUCCAAAGGAUAUCGAUGUACUUGUUUCUGCGAAAAUCCCUCACAAGGAUACAGAUCCUUUGGCAUAUGAAACAGUUACCAAGAACAUGCUCCAUGGACCAUGUGGGCCAUGUUUAAUAUAUGGAAAGUAUUCAAAGCAUUUCCCGAAGAAAUUUCUCGAGGAAACCACCUUUGAUGAUAAUGGCUUUGUGCAGUAUAGACGUAGACAAAAUAGAGAGCCUAUCAUUGUUAAUGGAAGGGAGGUUGAUAAUCGCUGGGUGGUGCCAUACAACAGAGAUCUAUGUGUUAAGUACAAUGCACACAUAAAUGUUGAGCUUGUUGCUGCGAGAGGUGUGUUUCAUCUACCUAGUGAACAAUUUGUGGUUUUUAAUGAUAAUGAUGAUAUGCAUACAAUCCUUGAACAACCGAGAUUGCAACAAACCAUGUUAAAUAUGUGGUUUCAAGCUAACAAGGAUUUUCCAGAAGCAAAUCAAUACACUUACCAAAAUUUUCCAACGGGAUUCAGAUGGGAUCUUUCUUUAAAAAGGUGGACACAACGACAAAUUGAUAGACCUUGCAUUGGUAUAUUACCUUUUGUUCAUCCAAAUUCGGGGGAACGAUAUUACUUACGGAUGCUUUUAACUAAGGUUUCUGGAGCAAAAUCUUUUGAAGAUAUACAAACUAUUGAUGGUGUCAUCCACCCUACCUUCAGAUUUGCAUGUCAUGCCUUAGGGUUGUUUGACGACGAUAAUGAGUGGCUUGCAACUUUGUCAGAAGCAUCUAACUGGUUGAGGGAACAGCAUUGGGGUGAACUUACUGAUGACCUUGAGAGAAUGAUGCAACGUCAAACUAGAAACCCUAAUUUACGACUAACUCCCGAAGAGAUGCAGAACCAAGGAGUACAAGAGAUUAAGCAUAUCUUGAAUAAACUUGGAAGGUCAUUGUCAAAUUUCCUUGACAUGCCACAACCUUCUUUGGAGAUAGCACGCAAUGCCUUAAAUCGGUUGAUAAGUGAUGAACUUGAUUAUGAUUCACAUUAUGAGGCCAAUAGAUUUGAUACCUUAGUUAAAGGGUGGGCUGUUUUUUUUGUCUACGGUAGUGGUGGGACAGGAAAGACAUACUUGUGGAACACUCUUAUUGAAAAAAUUAGAUCCGAAAGAAAGAUCAUGCUCUUUGUGGCUUCAUCAGGAAUUGCUGCUUAA